AUGUCCGCUAUUAGUAGAACAUUCCCCAGUAUUAUCGAGGGAAAGGAUUUCCACAGCAAUGAAAAACAUCCAGUAUACUCCCAUGUCACCCAGAAAGAAGCAAUCCACUAUUUCUCCUACUUAACUGAUAUCAAGAAGGCAGUUUCGAAAAUCGCUGCUGAUGCUGACGAAGGGUUUGAAGAAUGGUCGUCCAUGGCCUAUCAAGAAAGAGUGAAGAUUUUCGAGAAGGCUGCUGCUUUACUUGCUGAAAGAAGAGAAGAGUUGAUAGCUUCUCACAAAAAUAUCGGAGGUCCUACCUGGUUUUCCCAUGUGAAUGCUGAUGAAAUCAUCUCGCAAUUGAAGGAAUAUACUUCACUUCUCUCUAGACCUACUGGUUUAGUAGCCCAAUCUGCUCAUUCUGAUCUCGCACUCGUCGUCAAGCAGCCACUAGGUCCUGUCCUCGCCAUUGCUCCCUGGAACGCUCCUGUUCUUUUGGCAGGUAGAGCCAUAGUGGCUCCGUUGGCUGCGGGCUGUUCGGUCAUCCUAAAAGCUUCUGAAAAGGCUCCAGAAUCCGCAUACCUUGUUGUGAAGACCUUCAUUGAUGCUGGUAUCCCGUCAAAAGCAUUGCAAUUGGUCUUCAUCAAACCAGAUGACAAUCCAGAAUUCAUCAACUCCAUCUUGGACACUGGUUUGAUCAAAAAGGUCAACUUCACUGGCUCUACAAUCGUGGGCAAGAAGAUCGCUGAAGCUGCCAGUAAACACUUAGUACCAUAUCUUAUGGAAUUAGGCGGAAAGAAUGUGUCUAUUGUUGAAAAGGAUGCUGACUUGGUGAGGGCCGUUGAAACUAUAAUCUGGAGUUCGUGGUCGCACAAAGGUCAAAUAUGCAUGAGUACUGACAAGGUCUUCGUUGAUGAAAGCAUCUACGACAAAUUCGUUGCUCAAUUAAAAGUAUCCGCCAAUGAGAUCGUCAAGGACCCCGACUACGCAAUUUCUCAAAGAGAUAUUACAUUCAAGAGAAACCUUGUUAAGUUGGUUAAGAAUGCAUUAGAUUUGGGUGCAAAUUUGAUAUUUGGUAAAUUAAAUGACCAUUUGGACAGCGGUUCCUUCAGUCCAUUGAUCUUGGAAAAUGUCACUUCAAACAUGUUGCUUGAUUCUACCGAAUCAUUCGGACCUUUGUUCGCUGUAUAUAAGUAUUCAGAUACAAUCAAACUUGUCAAGGAAUUAAACAGAGCUGAUUAUGGAUUGAAGGCCUCAAUUUGGUCCCAAAAUGUUUUGCAAGCAUUGGAAACAGCUAAAAAAAUCCACGUAGGUGGUGUACAUAUCAAUAGUUCUACGAUUCACGACGAAGCGACUCUACCACAUGGCGGUGUUAAGUCAAGUGGUGCUGGAAGAUUCAACUCCAUAUGGGGUAUUGACGAUUUUUCCAUUACCAAGACAAUUACUCUUAGUCAGUAA